UGAAAAUUGAUUCUAAGGCGGAAAUGUGACAAACCUUUGAACAAGUUUGAGCAAGAGUUCCCUUUAGAUUCAUUUCAAGGUCGGGGUGAAGCAUGUCUGAAGUACCUCAGCAAAGGAAUACCAGGGGUGUGAAGAAGACGAGAGAGGGACAGUUGAGUCGGCCCACUGAGAUGGCCACUAGUCUUUGCGCAAUUGGCAGUCGCACUGGUGAGGACAUACUUGCUGGAAAGAAAAUACAUGUAGACCAAGAUGGCUUUCAUAACUUCAGUGACUACUGGUCGGAAACAGAUGAUGACAGUGUUUUAUCAUGGCCUGGGUCAGACAAGGAUGUCAGUACCAGAACCACAACAAAACCUCCGGGUAGUGCAACAUCACUGCAUGAGAUGUCUUCCUUUGCAUCAUCCUCACGAUCUUCCACUUUCUCAGAAACUGAACGGUUGCUGCAAAUCAGGGGAGUUGGAUCAGGGGAGUUUCCAACACCAAUGAACACAGGCUCAAAAAAUGUUGAGUCACUACAGAGAGGGACAGUGGUAUCAGAUGUCUUCCCAGAACCGGUAAAUCAAAUGGCACAAAACUUGAAGGAGCGCUCUGUAUCAGAUACUGCAAGAUCCAAUACGGGUACUCUACAUAGGGGACGAGAAGUAAAUAGUUCUCCCUCAGUGCAGAUUGAGAACAAAUUGUGUGCUCAAAAAGAAGAAGUAAUCAAGCAAACUUCAGCUGGUACCAUCUCCAUCACUGCAGUUGUUGCUAGCGCUAGCCAGGGUCUCAUUGUGUCAGGCACGGACAUCACAGGAUCAUUGACGAAAGAUGCCAUAUCUGAGCCCCCAGCAUCUGCACUCCCAGCAUCUGCACUGAAGAAUGCAAAAAUCAGAAGAAAGAUCAGUUAUUCAGAAGAGGAAACAAAAAAGUCCAUGCAGAAUGCCAAACUUCGAAGACUGGGGGGAGGAUGUGAUCAGGUUCAUAGAAAUGAAUCAGAUGAUCAGAAUGUCAUUGACAACUGUACAAAAGAAUGCACAAUUGUGUCGAAAGAAAAAGGAGGGGUGUGUGUUCCAGAUGAUAAAUGUGACAGCCAAAUAUCUUCUAUGGAGAGUAUUCAACAUCCUGUUAAUACAAGUAUUCAUUAUCCACAUAUGUGCGUUGGGCCAGGGGAAAAAAUUGUGCUUGACUGUGUUGAGGUGCCUCCACUCGGGGAAGUAAAUCAAAGGGAACCGAAUGAAAGCUGUGUUGAGAAAGUGAAUGAACUAAUGAGAAAAUCCAUGCAGGAUCAAAACGGAAUAAAAGAAGCUGAAACCGUUCAAACCCAACAUAUAUCUGUGUGUGUUAAACCAUCAAAUCUAUAUUGUACAUCAGUAUUAAUCCAAAGGAAUCAGGUUCAGCCAACUGAUAGAUCAGUUAGAAGAGUCACAAUGAGUGUUGGGCAGCAGUUUAGUAGUAGCGAAUCUGAACACCAACCUGGGGACAAGAACAUGGACUGUUCAUUGAUAAAAGCUCAAGGCCAAAUAGAGGUUCUGAAUGCUGCUAAUACGAGGAUAAACAAACGGGCUAGAAAACCAAUAGAUAAAUGUUUUGAAGCUUUACCAGUCAAUGUCUCAAAAUCCAAGCAACAAUCAAAAGUAGGCGCAGUUGUUGGUGGUAUGAAUUCACAGAACAAAAAGAGAGAAGUGAAGUCUGGUAAUAUUCAUUCGAGCAGGGCACAAUCUAAUUACCAACAAUCUGUCAACAGAACCAAAGACAAUAAUUCUGAUAAACUGUCCUCUCAGUCAUCAAUCAAUGACCAUCGUGAACUAGCAGAAUUGAAAUCAAGGAAAAAGUUGUUGCAGAAAUAUUGCCAUGAUGAGGCUGACCAUGUAACAGAGUUGCAUUUAGGAUCUGAUCCUCAGUUGCAUGUAUCUAGUCUUCCUGCUGCUAUGAUAGGUAGGAUAACCAAAGAAGGAUCGGGCCUUGCAUCUCCUGCUCAAGAAUUGUGGGAACGGUCAAUAUCAACGAAACGAGGUAAAAAAACUAUGCGACUGAUGCAUGAUCUUACUCCGCAAAGCUUGAUGUCUAUUAGUUUGGCAUCUUCAACAAAAGAUAAUGUUGAAGUGGCUCCUGAAGAAACUGCUCACUACAACUCUAAAAACAUUGAAGAUGAAACUGAUAAACUCCUUGAGGAUGCUGUUUCAGCUAGUUCAGGAUUUGCAAAGAUGCCAAAAAACUCAAAAUGUUUUGAAGAUAUCCAUGUUUCUGGUACAUGUUUACGUGUUAUCGCCUGUCAGGCGGUGAAUAAGAUACCAGAGCUUUCAAAUGUACAACCAGACUCGAAACAGGUGGAACAUAAAAGGACACCAACUUGCAGAGAUUCAAGGAAGAGUCCAGCUCAUUCCGAUAUGAUGGAUAUCGAUAUUGUUAGUGAUGAAACUAGAGUAAAACCAUCAUCAGUGCCUUUGAGGAAAAGUAGCACUUUUGCUGAAUCAACAUUGAGUGACUUUGAAGAUGAGUCUUUUUUCUUCUCAUUGAAGAAGCCUGUCGUUGAUAACCACUAUCUUGAGGAUACGAAUGGAAACAAAUAUAAGGUCGUUGAUGACAAUGAGAUUGUAUGUCUGAAAUCUUUCAAAAAAAAGAAGCAUAUCAUUAGGCAUGAAAAAAUAGUUGACAAGCACCCUGAAGCCAUGCUGCAAGGUAAUGAGGAAAAAAUUGGGUAUGUGGUGACUGACACAAAAGUAGUUGACAACCAGAACUUGAACAUAGUUACUCUGGACGGAUUGGAGACUAAUUUAGCCUUUCAAACUGAAGAUACUGCAACAUCAAAACUUGGGUGUAAGACAAGCGGAAAAAAGAAAAAUACAAAUAAGAAAUUUGUUGACAGCCUAUGUAAGAAUAUUGAUAUAGAUGCCCUAGCUAGUUUGCCAAAACCAGGUCACCUAAAGAAACGCCCUAGUUUACAUUCAGAUGUGAGCGAGAUAUUACCCUUGGUUUCCAAUGAUAACCGAGAUGUUUUGUUACCUGUGAAGGCAGAUGAUUGGACAUUAUCUGAUGAAGCAGUUCCCAGCAGUGAAAUGAACAAGUCAACCCAGGAGGAAGAAAUGGAUGCAUCGAAGAGCUUCAAUUUUGAUGAGUUCAUUCCUGGUCAGUUGGAGUCCAUUGGCCUUCCCACACAAAGAUUUGUGCAGCCUAAAACUGACAAGAAGCAAGAGAGAUCAUCUCAUGAAUUAAAAAAAGCACCAAAGAAGCGAUGGAGUCGGUCCUGUAACUCAUCCAAGUCGCCACAGAACAGUGCAAUUACCACCAAUGCAACAACUGCUGCUAUACCUGUUGAAGAUUUAGAUGACAGCGAUAUAAUAGCACCAAAGAAGAAAUGGAGUCGGUCGCGUAACUCAUUCAAGUCUCCACAGAACAGUGCUAUUACCACCCAUGCAACAACUGCUGCUGUACCUGUUGAAGAUUCAGAUGACAGUGAUAUAUUAACACCAAAGAAGCGAUGGAGUCGGUCGCGUAACUCAUCCAAGUCGCCACAGAACAGUGCAAUUACCACCAAUGCAACAACUGCUGCUAUACCUGUUGAAGAUUUAGAUGACAGCGAUAUAAUAGCACCAAAGAAGAAAUGGAGUCGGUCGCGUAACUCAUUCAAGUCUCCACAGAACAGUGCUAUUACCACCCAUGCAACAACUGCUGCUAUACCUGUUGAAGAUUCAGAUGACAGUGAUAUAUUAAGAACCGUAUCCACACGAUCUAUACUGAAGAAAGGGUGCAAAUCAACACUUGGAACUCCAAGGCAUUAUUGUGAAGUUACAUUUUCAGAGCCACCCAUAUCAAGAGGAGGAACUGCUGAUCCAGUCAGCAAAAUAAUCAAACCAACCCAAUCACCGAAGGGCCUGAGAAGAUCUCAGCGAACUCGUGUCAAACCUCUUGAAUGGUACAAAAAUGAGCGUAUAUUGUACAAGAAACGUCAGUCAGGUGGAUUUGUUGUUGAUGGUGUCGGUUCACCAAUAUGUAAAAAUAAAAGAGAGUGUAACUAUAUGGCCCGCAUGAUGUCAGCAAAGCAAAAAUUAACUGCUUAUGGUAAGAGAUUAAAAACCGCUAGACAAAAGGCGAAGAGAUUGUCCAUCCACACCAACCUGCCGGCAGAUAUGAAAUUUGUGGAGACUGAGGGCGAAAUUCCGGUCAUCAACCCAAGCAGUGGAGAGGAAUGUAUAAUAAACUGUGUAGCUAGUAAGAACAGCUAUGUAUAUACUGGACCUACUGGCCUUGAGCCCGCCCCAGGUGAUGCCCUGAUGAUUGCUAAACCUAUCAAACAGUUGGCAUUUGGUUGUGGGGAACUUAUCAUCAAACCUCUGAUGGAAAAAUUGACACAGUUUGUUCACAGUGAUACUCUGGUGUUUUACAUAGUGAAGGGUAAAGUCGCUGUGACAAUUCACCAGACAACAUCGCUGCUAGAUGCUGGUAGCUCAUUCUUUGUGCCAAGGGGAAACACAUAUGCAAUCAAGAAUCUUCGACGAAAUGAGGCAAAGUUAACAUUUUUCGAAAUGAAGAAUGAAAUUGAGUAGAUGCAUGGUUUGUUAUUAGACUUGAAAAAAGCAGUGUCAUUUUGAAACUGAAAAAGCAUGCUUCACUACAGGGUGUUUCAAAAAAAGGAAACCAAGAUCAAUUUGUUAAUUUCCUGGACAUGGAUACAUAUUUUGGAAAUUGGCAACCACCAUUUAUUACCCAAUGAUGUCCUCUUCCUUAUGACACCAAGAAAUCCAAUUUACUGUCACAGAUGACUGAACACGAAACAGUUCAAUCAACCAAGGCAGAACUGGUCUUGCACCAGAUAGACGUUUUGGUAAUAAACCUUGUCUGCCCAGUGCAGGGCUUUUGUUGGGCCUCCAAAUUAUGCCAUCCUUUGCAUGUGCUUCCAUUGCCCACUCCUUAAAAGUUGGAAAGGUUGCUCACUUUCUCAGAUGAAACUUACAACUAAGCAGCGUGUGUUUGAGGUAAAAGAGUGGUUGAGGACUGGGAGUAAGUAGCAGAUGCAUUUGAUGUGAUCAGCGAGGUCCCCUGACCUCACCCCCUGUGAUUUUUUUGGUGGGGACAUCUUGAGAACCAAGUUGACAAGUCGCCUCACAAGAUAUCAAUGACCUAUGUGCCAGAAUCGUCACUGCAGUUGAUACCUUAAAGGGGCACCUGGGGUUUAAAUAGUGUGGGAGGGGAUGAUAGCAUGCAAAUGUCUGCCUGUUACUAUCAUGAAGAGAGCUCCUGGGCUUUUCACAAUGUUUUUAAAAAAUUAUUUGUCACUAUUAAACACAUUUGAAUGAAUUUGAUAUCAGACACUUAUGAAUAACAUAGGAACAUGAUGUAUUAAAAUCAACCUGAGAAAUUGUCUAUGUUAUGAGAUUAUGGAACUUUUUUACACAGCACUGUUGAAAAGCCUUGAAGUUGAAUUUACCAGCUUGAAUCUGAUUGGUUAUAGCCCUGGUGAUGCAUUAUUUACAAACAUUGAGCACAUGGCUUAUAAUCAUGAAUGAGCAUGCAGGAAAGAACUAGAUAUGCUAGAGAUCAUGCAUAAUAAAGAGUUUCCUACCAAAGUGAUUUUGGUCUGUUUUCUGUAUCCUUUAGUCCAUAAGUAUAUAUCCUUAUCCUACUGAAUAAUAUAUAUUCUAAUCCUACUGAAUAAUGUAUAUGAUACUAAUAAUCCAAGUCUAUAACUAUGUGAUGUCACAAUCCUACUGAAUAUUGUUUUGUUUAGAUGUAUCCAUGUCUAUGAUAGGGUAGUCUACACAAUUCUAUAAUUCUAAAGCAUAUAUUUUUGCUAAUCCGCAUAAGUAUUAUGAUAGAUAUCUAUGGUAUCUAUGAUGGAAACAAGGAGCAAAAUCCUAGAAUCCUCGAAAAUUACAACUGUCACAAAUUUGUCAAAGUGCACUGUAAAUUUCGAAAUCGUCCAAAACACCUUCUCAAAAAAAUAAUGUAGUCUAUCUAUCAGUGCUGCUGAAACCUAUUGCCACUUAUGGCCCAUGUAUGGAAUCCCUGGCGGAUUUGGAUAAAGAUUUCUCACAGUCUCUAAAACACAAUCUGGCAUCACUUCACGACAUGUCCAAACUAUUGAUGAGUCAUCUGCCAUAUACUGCUGUUGCAUCUGCUGUUUUUUGCCAAUAAAGAGAGGAUGGUUCCAGGAUCCCCGGUCCUCCAUCAUUUUCCAAAAAAUUUUGUAAAGUUGUUUCCUGAUCACAUUAUUUCCAUUUCUGGGUGCUUGUCCAUUUCCCAGCCAUCUUUGUGGAUGAGUAGUCACACAUGGAGAAGAAUUGCAAUGUUGGCACAUAUCUGCCCCUGGCACAGGAGCAAUAACUGGUUUGAAUAGUUCAUGGUCCUCCUCCUGUGGUUGUGGUGGGGGUGGAUCAACUACACCACCAGGCACAGGCAAAGGUUCCAGCUCAUCAUUUCCUCCUUGAAUAUUCCCCUUAUUCUGUAUAUCAUCCUGUAGUGCUUGUGUGAUCGUGCCCGGUUGGCACCUCAGACUCUCCCAAUUUCAUCGGCCAAAUAAAGGGACAACGUUUUGUAUCCUCGUAUAUAACUCCGAGAUUUAAUAUAAUGCUAUAUCUACUGUUCGUACAAAGGUGGUACAAAAGGGCCAGAAAAAGGGCUGAGAAACAUCUCAUAUCAGCUGUCCUAGCAACCUGCAAUUAAACAACAAGGCUCAUAAACAAAUGCACCAAUUUCAAUAUAUCAUGUCUAGUAAUGUGAAUAGCUGGCAAUAAUUUCUAACUCUCCUCUUAAUAACAUAUCACCCACCCGAAGCCCCAACAUGAUUACGCACGCCCAUCACAGACAUGGGAUGUUCAAAGUGAUGACGUCAUGUUACACGCCCCCAACGACAUGGCAGACGCCCAGAACUGAUCAGGUUCUGAACUAACCUCAAAAAUACGAAUUGACUAAUAAACAAGAUGACCUUGCAUUAUUAUCAAUAUUCCAUUAACAAAUCUUCCUAAUUUGUUUACCUACAUAUAUAUCUUAACCAAUUUACUCAAUGGUUUAAAACAAAAUGAAAGCA